AUUACAACUUGAAUGAUGGCGUCCAAGGUAGGUCGAGAGAGAUUUUAAUCGUCUCCGCGCUUGUAUGUACAUGUCUAUUCACAUGUAGAGAUUAUUCUGCAUAUAUUUCAAUUAUUUGCAUAUGCACACAUAUGAUCAUGUUCCUUCAGAACUGACUUUCAGAUAGAAGUUUUGUAAUUUAUUCGAAAUCAAUUUUCAUAUAAAGUCAUCUUUUGCAGAUCUUACUCGUCCUCGCUCUCGUGGCGUUCGUUUCUGCCGACAAGAGGCCAUCCUUCUCCUAUGGUGUUCCUCAGUCUAUGGAGGAAGACUCAAGUGAGGAGUCUGCUCCCCCGAAGUACGAGUUCCAGUAUGGCGUGAAGGACGGAUACUCGGGCGUGGACUUUGGCCACGGAGAGUCCCGCGACGAGGAUGAGACUCGAGGCUCUUACACGGUGCAGCUUCCCGACGGCCGCCUGCAGAGGGUGACGUACUACGUGGACGGCGACGACGGAUACGUGGCCGACGUGACGUACGAGGGCGAGGCUCAGUUCCCGGAAUCCGAGGAGUCCCGAGAGGCUCCUGCGUACGCCCCUCCAAGGCCCUCCUACGGGUACCCACAAUGAGUGAAACAUCGCUGUUAAUUUAUUUAAUGCAUAUCAUCUCAUCCAGUAAAAACAACAUCCAUAUAUUCGAUAAAUAAUCCAUCAUAUACACACUAUACUAUUAAUAAAACAUCAGCUAUUGCA